AUGGCUUCGACAAAAUUUCGAAUAGCUGGCUCGCGGCUCACGUCUGAGGUUGAAUGUCUGUUUGGCAUGUCACCCGUCCGCUAUAAACCAGCUGUUUCUUUGCAUGUCGCUAAAUAUCACGAAGCAUGGCGGCGGAACACAGGAUAUCUAAACGUUGUAAUACCUUCGGCUUUUUCUCUGGUGGGCAGCAAAAUCUUCCGCACCAUAUCUUCCCUGUUGGCCCUCCCCCUUAUCGGUAGUCAGCUUGUUUCGCCGUAUUGCAUCUCUUCACACAAAUUGAGGGUAACGACUCCUACACAUUUGGCCCGGGAGUGA